UUGUUUCUGGCUAAACAUUGGGGGAAGUGCAGGGGGUGGAGCCUGAAGUGAACUUGUAGAGCGCUGUAGUCACAGACAGGUUUGACUUGUUCCUCCUGUUCCUUUCCACUUGCACCAAUCAGGCUAAAACACCAAGGAAAAAGCAGGUCGGAAUUGUCUUUUUCCCAGAAAGAAACAUGCCAGAGGACAGAGGAGAAUACUAUGGAAAGCAUGGUGAGCCAAGGAAGUAUGACCCCACAUUCAAAGGCCCUAUUCAGAACAGGGGAUGCACAGACAUCGUAUGCUGCAUCCUGUUUAUUUUGGCCAUACUUGCCUAUUUUGCAGUGGGAAUCUUGGCAUGGUCCCAGGGAGACCCCAGGAAAGUGAUCUAUCCCACGGACAGCCGAGGCCAGUUCUGUGGACAUGCUGGCACUCCCCUUGAAACGAAGCCAUAUUUGUUCUAUUUCAACAUCAUGAAGUGUGCCAGUCCCAUGGUACUACUGGAGUUCCAGUGUCCCACUACGCAGAUGUGUGUGGAUAAGUGCCCGGACAAGUUCAUGACCCUGGUUAAAGCCUACUCCAACCAAAAGGACUUUGACUACUACAAGAACUUCUGCAAAGAGGGUGUAACCAACACAAUGGGUGUACCAGAAAUCCUCAAACAGGGUAUAUGUCCUGCUAUGCUGACCCCAAGUGUGCCCUUCACUCGUAGGUGCUUCCCAGCUCUGGGGAAGAAAGGAGGAGUGAUCACUGUGGGUAAUACCUCCCAUUUUGAUGAUGGCAGGGGAAACAUGAGAGAGGCUAAGGAUCUUGUAGAUGGUGUCAAAAAUGCCACCGUUGUCAUUGAGGCUCGUCAAGUUGUGAUGAAAAUCUUUGAGGACUACACUCAGUCAUGGUAUUGGAUUUUAAUCGGCCUCGUCAUUGCCAUGCUCACCAGCCUGCUCUUCAUUAUAUUACUACGUUUUCUGGCUGGCAUCAUGGUGUGGAUCAUGAUUGCAUUGGUUAUUCUGGUCAUAGGAUAUGGCAUCUUCCACUGCUACAUGGAGUAUGCAGCGUUGAAAGGAGAGCCAGGUGCUAAUGUGACCCUUCAGGAUUUGGGCUUCCAGACAGAUUUCUCAGUCUAUCUCCAGAUCAGGCAGACCUGGCUGGCCUUCAUGAUCAUCCUGGCCAUUGUGGAGGUGAUUAUCAUUCUGCUGCUCAUCUUUCUCAGGAAACGUAUCCUCAUUGCCAUAGCUCUCAUCAAAGAAGCCAGCAGAGCCAUUGGUCAUGUGAUGAGCUCCCUCUUUUACCCACUCUUCACCUUCCUCCUGCUGGCUGUGGUCAUCGCUUACUGGGCAGUCACUGCAGUGUUCUUGUCUACCUCUAAUCAGCCAGUGUACAAAGUGUUCAAUGAGUCUGCAUGUUCACACUCUAGAGAGACAUGUGAACCAGCAAAUUACUCAACGAGUCUUAUGAAAGCAGAGUGUCCAGACUCGGAGUGCCUUUUUGCUUUCUAUGGAGGGGAGACAGUUUACCACAAGUACCUGAUUGCACUGCAGUUCUACAAUGUCUUCCUGUUCUUCUGGUGCGCUAACUUUGUCACAGCACUGGGGCAGAUGACUCUGGCCGGGGCGUUUGCUUCAUAUUACUGGGCUUUUGUUAAACCAGAUGAUAUGCCUGCCUUCCCUGUAUUCGCCUCCCUGGGAAGGUCCCUCAGGUAUCACACAGGUACUCUGGCCUUUGGGUCUCUCAUUCUCUCCAUCAUUCAGAUCAUCAGAGUGCUGCUGGAGUACCUUGACCACAAGCUCAAGGGAGCCCAGAAUAAGUUUGCCAAGUUCCUGCUGUGCUGUCUCAAGUGCUGCUUCUGGUGUUUGGAGAAAUUUGUCAAGUUCCUCAAUAGAAACGCCUACAUCAUGACGGCGAUUUAUGGUAAGAACUUUUGCACUUCAGCCAGAGAUGCCUUUCUCCUCCUCAUGAGAAAUAUGAUCAGAGUUGCUGUACUGGACAAAGUCACAGAUUUCCUCUUGUUCUUGGGAAAACUGUUAAUUGUUGGACUUGUUGGUGUCUUUGCCUUUUUUUUCUUCUCUGGGAGGGUCAAGGCCUUUGAGAACACAGCUCCCAAUUUGCACUAUUACUGGGUGCCGAUUAUAACGGUGGUGAUUGGCUCCUACCUUAUCGCCAAUGGCUUCUUCAGUGUGUACUCCAUGUGUGUGGACACUCUUUUCCUGUGUUUCUGCGAAGACUUGGAACGUAAUGACGGCUCUGCUGCCAGGCCAUAUUACAUGUCAUCCACUCUGCGUGAGAUCCUGUGGAAGAAACAGGCCGAAGACAGUGAGGAGGGAGACCAGGCCAAGAUACAACAAUAACGACUUAAAAGGAUAAAACUAAAUAUAUAGACUGGAUGCCUUGAUCUAUGCUCUGAAUGUGACUAAUGCAAAGAGCUGGAAAAUCACCCACACUGCCUUAAGGUGGUAAAAGGAACUGGCUUAAAGAACUGACUUUGAUUAAUUUGAUAUUUCAACGCUAUAUAUGAAACACUCGUUAUUGGUUUGAAACAAAAAUCUCCUAAAAGACUUGCUGAAAUCUAUCAAAUAUACUAAUCACACAUGUACACAAUAUACUUCAUCAAUAUGGCUAGAAAUGACAGAAUUCAAUAUGGCCAACAUAAUUAUGUUAGUUUCAAGACAAACAUUUUUCUUCCCAAUGACUGAGAUCAUGUGACUGAAAGUAAUGCUGACAAGACUAUUCAGGAGUAUUAAAGAUGCACUAUGGAACUUCUGGUGGAGGUUCUGGUACUGGUUUGUUUUCAUGCUACUUUGUCUGGAGAAUAAUAAUGGAUAAAUAUAAUGCCAUAUGGUGGAACAUUCCCUACACCAGAAAAGUUACAUAGUGCACCUUAAAUCUAUAAUGUUUGUAAAAAAAAAUGUACUGUGUAGUCUUGUGUAAAAAUGUACUUGUGAGUCAUGGUGGUGAAGACUGAACUGAAUGUGUAGUUGGCUGGACCCUUUUUUACAGAUCGUGCUUUUGUAACUCGAAGUCGCUCUUGUGCCUAUGCUCUUUCAAAUCUCCCUGCACUUUAUAAUGAGUUUGAAUGGUUUUGAAGCUCUGGCUUUGUACUCAUUAUUCUAUGUAGAAUUUUUGUAUUUUCAAUCAAGGUGUAUUGUAUAUUAAAUAGUUAUUAGCAGCCCUGUGUACUGCUGAUAUCCAUGGGUUUCAGAGAGAUGAACAUCUACCACAGUUGCCGUAGCAAUUAACAUUUCAAAAUACUUUUUUAAACCCAUGGAUAAAAGCAUACGUUGUCAGAGGUUUAGAUUUUUUUUUUACAUUUUGUAUGCAGAAAUGCCAAAUGCUGUGUGUGUAAAUAAUUAUAUAUGAGCAACAUUGAAAUAUUGAUCUCAAAUAUUGUCCUUUCAUUUCUUCAGUAUGUACUAACUGCUCCAAUAGAUGAAAAACAUGUACACAUUUCCUGUGAAAAUGUUUGCUAUAUUCAAUCAUUUACAAGCAACAAUUAAAGUUAUAAUUUUCUUUUUUCAUAGUGGAGGAUCUGGAGAGGAAUGACGGCAGUGCAGAGCGUCCAUAUUUGAUGCCAGAAAGUCUUCGCAAAAUCCUCAAAAAGAAGAACAAAAAUGAACCGGCCCAAUAGAACCAUGGAGAACUGGACCAUAUCACUAAUGACUGCCUCAGGUGACAAUCAAUGUUACAACACAAAGUGGCCAUUUUUGUUUGUUGGACACUGCAUUUCUUACUUUUCUAUUUAUACACGAAUUACCCAGGUCCGUUAGCUGUAUAUUUUUUUUUAUAACGGUUUGUAUGUUACAUGAAGGUUAGUUAUGUAUAUAUUGGCUUUUGUUUUUUGUUUUUGUCAAUUAUGUCAGAUUUUCUGGUAUUUUAAAUGCAUGUUGUUACCAAAACCAUUUUUUGCUGCAUAUAGUUGAAUUUUAAUAGCAGCAUUGCUAUAGCUACAAGCAAAAAAAAAAAAGGUUUAACAUUGUUUUUAUGUGGAUUUAAUCAUGUUUUUGGAAUAAAUGAUUUUGUAA